AUGCCAAAGGGGUUUCUUGUAAAACGGUCGAAAAAAACUGCUCUGGUAUCGUACAGGAUACGUGGGGAGGAGGACACAACACCUGUGCAAACAGAUGCACCUCCUUCAGGAGUUUCAGGAGCUGCUUUUUUCGCUCCUGUCCUUACCUCAAACUACACCAGUCUACUUCAGAAAAUGCAAGGUCGGAUAUGCUUUGGGGGAGUGCCCGAAUCUUUCUACGGCCCUUCUCUUAGUCCCACUAGACCUGACAACGAGGAUUACACCAGCCAGUAUCCGUCAGCAGACUCUGCUGAGCUGUCGCGCAACAUCGUUUCUCCAACACAAGCCGAGAUUCUGCCUGAGCCACUGCUAGGCAGCUUUGGUGUCAGUGGCGCUUCAGCGACCCCAGCCCUGCCCGAGAUGACCACCAAAAUUGACUCCAUUUGCGGUGACAGAACAAAGGCCCUCGAGAAACGACCGGCGCCCACCAGUAGUUCCAAGCCGAACCAAACAAACUCUAAGAAACGUAAGACCUCCAGUUCCCCUCCUCAGGAGAAAAGGUCAAUCAUGCGAGACGAAGUCACUACUUCACCUGUCUUGGGCCUGCGUAUUAAAGAGGACCCAGAUGAAGAUUUGAAACAAAGGUCCAGCGCCGGUAGCCCGCUGGGUGAGUUCAUUUGCCAACUCUGCAAAGAGAGGUACUCGGACCCACUUACUCUGGCUCAUCACAAGUGCUCUCGCAUCGUUCGCAUCGAGUACCGUUGCACCGAGUGCGACAAAACUUUCAGCUGCCCAGCCAAUUUGGCCUCACAUCGGCGUUGGCACAAACCAAAGGGCACACAAGGCGACACUGCCAGCCCACAGCAAGACGACAGGUUACAACCACAGGCCCAUUUCCCCAGUCCAAGCUCUGUCGCACGAUCGGAAACUGGCACCCUUUCGCCACAAUCAGAUUCCUGCUCAGACGAGGAAAUGUCAUUCAGUUGCCCACAGUGCUCCAAGAAAUUUCGAAGACAAGCUUACCUGAGGAAACAUUUGGCUCUUCACAACAAAAAAGCAGCCAACGCUGCCAGUCAGUCCCCUAAUGAGACGACAAAGAAAGUUGGGAAAAUCACCAGCAACCCGUGUCAGUCCAGUUCUGUCUCGGAGAGGGAAACACUGGACAAUUUUUCGAAGUAUCCUACGACCGAGCAAACAACCAAAGUGUCGGGCGAUGUUUUCCCCUGUCGCUUUUGCGGGGAUAAUUUUUUCUCAUCACCAGGGUUAACGAGACACAUUAACAAGUAUCACCCCACUGAGAACCGACAGGUGAUCUUUCUGUCCCAGGCUGUCUGA